AAAAAUUAAUUAUGAAACAGGCGACACUGACCCACACUACUUAAAAUUUUCUUCUGAAAUGAGCGAAACACACUAUAUUCCCGCCAUCAGAUACUAGGGCUUACCAACUCACAGUCGCUGUUACUCCGAUUCAUCUGAAAUUUUCUCCACACAUUCGCAAUUUCUCUCUUUGUUGUUGUCAAAUUGAUCAACUCGUAUCCCUGCAGUCGCAAUUCAGCCUAAUUAGCACCAGAUCUGUUCGAAUUUCCAGAUAUGGCCAGCCAAUCUGACCCUCAUGGCUCAGCAUUUUCAGCCGCUGAGUUGGAGUUUCUUGCCGAAGAUGAACUGGUCGAGAUUGUCCCGAACAUGAGAAUGGACCCUCUCAAUUUUAUCUCUGGGGAUUUUGGCCCUUUUCGUCCACAGAUAGCUACUCAAGUACCUCUUUGGCUCGCUGUGGCCUUGAAGAGGAGAGGGAAAUGCACAAUUAGACCUCCAGAUUGGAUGUCAGUAGAAAAGUUGACACAGGUUUUAGAAGCAGAGCGGGACUCUGAAAGGUUUCUUCAGCCACUACCAUUUCAUUAUGUAGAAAUCUCGAGGCUUCUGUUUGACCAUGCUCGAGACGACAUUCCUGACAUUUAUAUGGUAAAGUCUCUUGUUGAGGACAUCAAGGAUGUAAGAUUUCACAAAAUUGGGACUGGCUUGGAGAUAAUCUCUGAGCGUACACAUGCCUUAAAGCUUAAAAAUCUAUCAGCAAUGGAAGUAAAUAUAGUACGCCCUUUUGUUGUGAGGGCUCUGCAGACAUUUUAUAAGCUUGAUAGUCCAGAGAUGAUACAGGAAUCAGACAGAAGGACCAAUAGGCGGCCCCAGGCAGCCGAUCAUGGACCUAGACGGCAAUUGAGGCAAAAUAGAUAGAUCGCGCUCUCCAAUGAUGAUAGACUACUGUCUUUGGCAAUCACCUCCACAAUUAUGGAAGAGAGUGAUUUCAGUGUGUUAGAGAGAAAGGUAAAUUGGUUACUAUUCUUUGGAUCCAUAUCCAACAGAGUUAUAGAUCUGUGAAAUAUGUUGCGCUUUCAAGUUGAACCCUCCAAUGUUUUAUUUAGUUCUAUUUAAAUAAUUUCUGCAAUUCGACUAUUUUAUUUAUCAUAGAAA